CCGUUGGUUCCCUAAACACACGAUUGUAUCACAUAUAUUAUAGUUUUCAGUAAACGUGCGAACCGUAGAGUCGAGUUAUCUACCAGUGUUACACGUUUUAUGACAUUUAAAUUGGUAUCGUGCUAUUAAACAAAUUAGUUUAUUUUUGCACCCAAGUAUGUUUGUUUUAAUUUUAAAAACAUCUUAGAUUUAUCGCUAGGUUUUCCAAAUCAUUCAGAAGGAAAAAUGUUUUCUGGCGCUCGAUGGAUGCAAUCUGCGAUCUUGUGGCUAAUAACAAUAAUUAGCCUUUCAAAUGCUGCGUCUUUAAAAACCAAUAGGAUAUGUUAUAUUUGUAGUCCACAGCAGUUAUCUGAUAACACUGAAGCUUCCGAAAUCCACAACAUGUUUCCAGAUAUCGAUCUACAAAGUAUACCAAGUUGUGGCUCAAACGAAGCUACAAAUUUUACAUUAAAAUGUCCUUUGGGAUAUAAAGGAUGUCUCACCAAAACUUAUGGUAUUAGUGUAAUAAAGUUAUGCAAUGAAUAUUCAAUCGAAGAUUGUAAAGUAGCAAAUAAUAUUGAAUAUUGUUUUUGUGCUAAUGAUAAAUGCAAUAAUGCGACUGUAGGAACAACUGUUCCAAUUUUAUCAGAUGACGAAGAUUUAGAUCAAGCUAUAGAAGAUGGAAGUGGAUUAUUUGAUAAUUGGACCGAAUCAAACAAAAAACAAAAUACAGCCAACAUCAUUACCACAAGUACUAAUACUGAAAAUACAAAUUCUAAUAAAUCUGAAGCAAAAUUAAUAACUCCAACCAAAUUCAUAAUAAUAAAUUGUAUAAUAUUAAAUACCAUAUUAACUAUCAGUUUUUUAAAUAAUUAGUGUUAAUUAAUUUACUUUAAGUGUAUAUUUUCUUAGAAAUUUUUGAAAACAAUUAGACUAGACUUGACAUUACUAAAAGAAAAAGCCAAUGUGAUUAUGUACAAAUUUGUAUUAUUUUAUAAGUAAGGCUGUGGAAAAUAUUUUAUUUG